AUGGAGAACUCGGAGCUCCUACAGACGUGGAAAGAGGUUGAACUACGGGUGGCAGCGAUGACCAACAUGGGCGACACCGAAGUCAGGCGAUGCCUCACAGUCGAUGAUGUUCUCUCAAGUCUGGACGAGACGCGAAGAACAAAUAGCAAGGCGGCCGAGAAAUAUAGCACUGUGAGGUCUGUCUUCAGCAAGACCCUCAUGUGCAUUGAAACUAUUGGUGGAUUUGUUGCUUCUGGAGUAUCGACUGUCUUUCCACCAGCCAGCACCUGUUUCAAGGCUUUGAUUUUCGUAAUCCAGGCUUGGAGGGACUGUGAAGGGAUCUUCAAUACCCUCGGGGAACUUCUGGAGAAAUGCACCUAUUUCCUCGAUCGUCUCAGCUGCUACAGGGGGGCCAUGGAUCAGAAGCUCACUCGUGUCGCAUGUCUGAAUCUCAGACUCUUCGUCAAGAUACUCGAACAGACCCUCGAGAUGAAGAAAAAGCGCCAUUGGGAUGACGGUGUUUCAGAUCUGUUGACCGAGAUGAAGACGUUGAGUGAGAGAGAACUAGGCUAUGUUGCCGCUCUCACAUUCAAAUCUAGCAACGAGGCAGCCUCGCACUCCAGGGACAUCCUCGCAGUGGCACUCAAACAAGAGCCCAAGAUAGACUCUCUUGCCGUCGAGAAGAUAUUGGAGCUCGAGCCCGCCGUUAUCAGCGACAACCCCUGGGAGAAGACGUGGCAGAGGCACAAGGUUCAACUCAUCGAGGGCAGCGGUGACUGGCUUGACGAUCAUGCCCUUUUCGCCUCGUGGGUCAAAGGAUCCGAUCAAGUCAAACCGAUUCUUGGCCUACAGGGGAAGACUGGCGCCGAGGCGUCAAAGGCUCUGCCGCCAGGUCCGCGGUGGCGCACUACUUUCUUGAGUCUGACUCCCAAGGUCUCGCCCGACAAACGUGAUGCUGUGGACGUCCUCUCGAAAAGCCUGCUCUGGCAGCUUUGGGAAGCUGACGAGCCUUUCCUGAAGUCAAUGGCUGAUGUUGGUGAAAAGUCGGGUGUAUUCGAGAACCACGUCGACAUGUGGACUCAGCUGCUCUUCGAGAACGACGAUCGGUCAAGCAUCGAUAUCACUUUCUUCCUCGUUAUAGACGGGCUUGGCAAGAAUGUCAAGGACUUGACCAAGCUCUUGCAUAUGGAGACAUUCAAGCUGGUGGACCAGGUUGAAGGAAUACAAUACGACAAGAUCACGCUUGGGGAGACGAACAAGAAAGACAUCGAACUAUACAUCAAUCAACGAAUGAACCACAUUGAGACCCUCAUGGACGAGAAAAAUGCGCAUGUCAGGCAAGAGAUCAUCAAGGCUUUGACAGAGAGUACAGAUGGGGACUACUAUGAGAUCGGAAGCGCUCUCGACAAGAUUUCGAAGACAGACGAUCCCGCCACGAUCAACGAGUAUCUGAAAGACGCGGGGAAGCAACGCCCCGAAUUGAUCGAUGCCCAGAUUGAGAACCUCAAUCAAACUCUGGAUGCGAAAGGAACCGGAGAGAUCAACGAAAUGAUUCUUUGGGUUGACUAUAGCUACGAAUGGCAGAACUUGGGUGAGAUGGAGGCCAUGUUGGUAUUACGCACUGACAAAGCAUCGUCUGCUGGACUUUUGUCGCUCGAGUCCAAGAUCCGGCUGAAAAAGUACUCUUUAUUCUCUGUCGACAACCAAGGCCUCAUUGAUUACACGGUGACGGAAAUCCGGGAGCAAAUCCCUGACCGAAAAGCUGCACUGGACGAUACUUACAAUGGCGGUGUCAAGGAAAUACUACCAGCGGAGGUCAACCUGGUCAAGCACUACCUCUCUACUGUUUGCCCUGCGGAUGUCUACGAAAAGUUCGGCUUCGACGAGUUUUUCGACCGCAAGAUGAUUCGUCGAGCGAAUUCAAUAUGGAGGGACCGGGACAAUGCACAUAUUACGAUUGCUCUGAGAUGCAUGGCAUGUAUUGAGGAGCCGCGAACGGAGAAGACGGAGAAGCUGCAACGAUACGCAGUAGACCAGCUGUGCUAUCACCUGCGCGAUACUGUCCUUCCCCUGGCUGAUCGGACCCUGAAGCGGAAAGCUAGCGCUAUGCUGGCGAGGCUGUUCACUGACGAAUAUGCUGUCGAAUCCCUCUUCAGGCUCAGUUCCGCUACUGAAGAUGCAGAACUUGACAGUCUUGACUACGGCACUGACAUGAUACCCGAAAGCUUCCACUGCUGGGUAAUGUCAAAUCAAGGAGCCCAGAUAGUGGGGACGUGGUUCAAGGAUGCCGCGGUCAUCCAAGGCAUUGAAGAUACACCUUUUGUGGCUUCACUGAACUCUGCCGGUGAAGAUCGCCACAAGGUCCUAUUCGACCUUGCGUCGAGAAAGGCCGCGACAUGUCUGUUCAGGGUAGAGGCAGGAAGGCAUGAAAUGCUCCGUGCUUUCAUCUUCCUUGCUGGGUUCUUAACAAAGGCCGGAGAAUUCCGAUUCCAAGGGCCUAGAGGAUAUUCUUAUCCCAACUCUAGAUUUGUCUCCCAGGUCGAGGACUGGUCAAGGAAAGCUCUUGACAUAGUGGAUGUGGAUUCGCUUUGGGAAGCUCAAGUGGCGGCUUUGCUACUAUACCUUGAGGGUGAAACUAUCACCAAGAAAGACUCUGAAGCUCGAGCUCGAACAGCCAUGGCCCUCGAUUCACGAAACUGGAGAGCGGCAUACAUCCUUGCCCAAGUCGUCCAGUCCAACGAGGAAUCUGUGUCACUUCUCAGUUCCACCAUCGAGGAUCUAAUGAAGAACAACGAGUGGCGCACAGUGCAUAAGAAUAGCCGACACUUGGCGAAAAUGAUACUUGACUUGGGAGACAAACACUGGGCAAGUGAUGAUGGAAGCAAACUCGCUUCCGACGCUUAUUUGAGAAGCCUUGAAAUGGGUCAUUCAUCACCUGCACUUCUCCGGAAGUAUUUCGCCAUCCUCGAGCAAUACGGAGGCCGUCGCGAUUGGGAAGCCAUCGUUCUGUUUCUGGAGAAGAUGCUGCAGAUGUCACAGCCAGUAGACAUUGCUGGAAAUUUCGGUUGCCUGAAUAUAACGGACAACGAUGCCGGAUUCAACACACUCUUCGUCAGCUUGGUAAAGAACACCGAACGCUGGGACUUUCUUAAUGUUGUCUACGAGAAAGCCUUCAUCGCUGCCCGAACAUUCUACCAGAGAUGUCUGGUUCGACUCUCCCAUGGUUUUGCCUCCAACAGAUCGGGUUACCAAGAUAGCGCCAUAAAGAUAUGGGAAUCGGUCUUGAGCGAAGUACCUGAAAAGGUCGAAGUAUUUUGCAGACCGUGGGUGUUCGAAAUCGUAUCUAAUCGUCUAGUGGCGUCGUACAUGGAGAAAGCCUUCAAGAUGGGCUUGGAUUCAGAAACGGUCCAGACGUAUUAUGGCAAGAUCGAGUCUCUCCACGCCCAACUCGAAGCACUCACCACAGAUUCUCACUUGCGCGGAAUCAGGCCGCCUUUGCCGUACGCCAGGUACUUCCACCUUCGUGGUGAUGAAGCACGGGCCAAGGAAAUCUUGAAGACCUCGAGCGCCCAAAACCUCGAAAUGCUGUCUGAUGAUAGCCUUGAGAAUGAUUAUGAAGCAUACUGGGACCUUGGCACGAUCUUUUCGACCCUGGAUGACAUACCGAACGCCCUCGUUGCCUGGGAGAUGAUGGCUCGGUCGCGCCAGGCCGAGUAUGCUGAGUAUGUCCGAAAGAAACAGCUGUGGGACGGUAGAGUAAAGCUGCGCAGCAAGCAGGGCCGUGACGGUUCCACAAUGGUCGAGGGCGUCCAGGAUUCUGGGUCUCAUCAAGACACGGAAGCCCCAGAUGGGCAAAAAGCUGAGAGUGGACCGGCGAGCCAAGAACCGUCCGAAGACUUGGUAGAGCCGGAACUGGCGAUUGCUGGUGUGACGCCUGCGGCCAUGACUUCCUGGUCGCGAGAUGGCACUUUGGAUGUCAGAGUGUGUGACAAGAGCCACGACAUGUACUACAUUCCUAAGAGAGAGGAGAAGCAGCAUGACGCUGCGGCCGAAAGUCAGGUAGUUGUGAAUGGUGAGGAGAUGGAUCUGGAGGCUUGGAAGGUGAGAAUCAAGGCGAAGUACGUGGAUUUCGGGGAUGACAGCACACUAUAG